AUGAUCUCAUCUGGUCUGAUCAAGCUCUCGGCAUCACUGCUCUGGCUCUGUCUAAUUGAUGGGAGUGAUGUCACCCAGACCCAGCUUCUGUGGAGGAAGAAGGGUGAAUCUGCCACCAUGAACUGCAGUCACACUAAAGAUGCUACUUAUAUCCAGAUGUACUGGUACAGACAGCUUCCAGGGGAGGGAAUUAAGCAAAUAGUUUACACAGUUCCAAGCAGCAAACCUGAAUAUGGAAGUGGCUUCAGUGAGGACAAAUUUCCAGCCAAGAAGAGCGACGCUCAGACUGGAUCUCUGACAGUGGAGGAGCUGCUGCCUGAGGACAGCGGAGUGUAUUUUUGUGCUGUGAGCCAACACAGAGAAGCUUACUUUGGAAGUGGAACAAAACUCACUGUUUUGGAGAAAAAGUAUAACGUCACUGCACCAACUGUCAAAAUACUUCCACCUUCAUCAAAGGAGUGUAAAAACAAGAAGAAGACCUUGGUGUGUGUGGCCUCUGGUUUCUACCCAGACCAUGUGAGUGUGUUCUGGCAGAUUGACGAGGUAACUGAAACAAAUGGCGUGGCGACUGACAACAAUGCCGUAAGGAAAAACGAGUCCUACAGCAUCACCAGCAGGUUGAGGGUCUCGGCCAAAGACUGGCGCUCACGGACUUUCACCUGCACAGUCACCUUCUUUAAUGGAACUGAUUACAAACAAUACUCAGACUCUCUUAAGGGCGCUGCAGGUGAAGGUGAAGGAGAGAGCUUCACAAAAGAGAACUAUGUGAGGACCUCGCAGGCUGGCAAACUCUCCUACGCUGUUUUCCUGGCCAAGAGCAGCUUGUAUGCGCUCUUCAUCACCGCUCUGGUGUGGAAACUUAAGAAUUCAUCUGGGAAGCAGAGCAACUGAGAGCUGAGCUGAGGCCUGAACAGACGCAUCAGAGGAACUGAGUCUCUUUGUUUCUGUCAAUCAAAUUAAAAACUGCCUUUUUCACAGAGCUCCAGUGCAUUUAUACUCAAUAAUAUUCCCGCUGAAAUAGAUACAGUACAUGUAAAGCAUGUGAACAGUUUGUUUUUCUGAUUUUCUGAAUGGUUAAUCAUGCUGUCUGUUUGUGUGUAGCUGUGACUUUCUUUUUGCUUAAUAUUCUACUUAAUAAAAGAUUUUAGAUGCUUA